AUGGAAUCUUGGCUGAAUCUUUGCCGAAGCUGUCUAACACCAGACUCAACAUUGUCAAUUCUAGACAAUGAAGAUAUUAAAACGAAAUUCUUGGAAGCUACUACAAUUGAGGUACGGUCUGAUGACAAACUACCACAAAAGCUAUGUAAAGAUUGUUUAGAAAUCUUAAAUUCUGCUUAUAAAUUUAGAAGUCAGUGCCAAAAAAUGGAUAAAGAACUCAGAGAGCAGUUGAAUGCAUUUACUUCACAAGUAAAACAAGAACCUGAACAUAUCCCAGAAGAUGUUACCAUUGACUGCAUGAAAAAAUUACAAUCUAUGAUCAAGUCUGAACCCAUGGAAGAAGAUGAUUGUUAUUAUGUCUUAGUAAUUGAUGACAAAGAUGAAAAUCAACAGAAAGAACAGCCGAUUGUAAAAAUGGAAGUGGAAUCUGAAGACAAUGAUGUACAUUCAAUUGAAGACUCUAAUUCUCAACAAUCUGCAGAUUUGGUACAGAAUAAUGUUAUCAACAGUUGUCUUGACACAUUUUUACUAUCAAACAAGGUGUCUGCUAGUGUACCAGCUACUAUUUUAGAAAAUGAGGAGGGCCAUGAAACCGAAAUUGGUUACAUUAAUGACAAAGAAAACACAAGUAAUAAUACCAUUCAAAUUAUAAGUGAACCAAUAAAAGUAUCAUUGUCUGAUAAAGUAAAAGAGUUUAACACAAAAAAUUUAAUCAAAAUUGUUACACAAUCUGGUGUACAGAAAACAAUUCUUCUGGAAAAUGAUGACAGUGAUAACUUUGUAAUGGAAAAUCAAGAAUCAAAUGAUGCUGAUGAUGCAGCACAAGAAGAAAUAAUAUUAUGUGAAGGAGAUGAUGAUUCACAGUUCCAGAUACUGAAAGUUGAUGGAUCUGAGUUUGUUAUUGAAUAUGCUGAUGAAGAACAAAUAGCGACUGUUCUGCAGCAGGAAGACGGUACCUUCCUCUGCGACUGUGGGGAGCAGUUUGAAGACAUACAAGAGUUUGGGAAACACCAAUACAAACAUAAUCCAGAAGGGGAACACUUAUGCAACUUGUGUGGUAAAAAGUUUGAAACAUCAGAGAUAUUAACUGGUCACACUUUAUUACACAGGUCGAGUGGACCAUUAGUGACUUGUCCAUUCUGUAAUCAGGUAAUUCGGCGGACAUCACUCUCCCAGCACAUAAAGUACACACAUAAUUCAAAACCUCAGUGUAACAUGUGUUUGAAAACAUUUGCAAAUCAGAACAACUUGAAACGUCACAUGUUAAUACAUACUGGAACAAAGGAAUUUGAAUGUGACAUUUGCUUUAAACGCUUCAACCAAAAAAUUACAAUGCAAACCCAUAGAUUGAUUCACAUAAAUUCAACUAUCUGCAACAUAUGUGAGAUUGUAUUCGAAGACAAGGCAUCUUUAGCAGCUCACAAGGAGUCAGGUGAAUGUAAGGCGACAGAGACAGAUGUAAAGGAUGAUUUGAUGCGAACAGUUCGACAGACUGUGACUACAAAUCUUGGUAAACUCUUGGGCUAUGCAUGCUCGUUGUGCAAAAAGAUGUUUUCUCUAGAAACAGCAUUAGACCAACACAUUGAACGCACUCACUUUUUCCAACAAGUAGAAACAAAGAAAAUAGAUAAACAAAUGAAGAGAUUUGAAUGCUCUAUAUGUAAGAAACGCUGCGCGAGUCAAGCAAUGCUGAUAAUGCAUGAAAGAGUACAUACAAACGAAAGGCCAUUCCCUUGCCAGCUGUGUACUCUUAGAUUUAAAACCAAAACACAUUUGCGAACUCAUCAACUGACUCACACAAGAGAAAAGAAGUUUGGCUGUUCAGUGUGCAUGAAAUUUUUUGCCCUAAAAGGUAAUUUAGUUGUUCAUUUACGCACUCAUACUGGAGAGAGGCCCUAUGUGUGCAAUUUAUGCGGGGAAGCUUUCAUUGAUUCAAAGUAUUUGAAGAAACACAAAUUGAGAAAACAUGCGAUGGAUAAUGGACUUUGGACGUAG